AUGCAUGGCCGAUACCUGGAUUGCCGUUCAGGCUCGCGGGAAGCCUUGCGGACUCGGCAACGGGCAGUGCGGGAGUGGGAGAGUGUGGGAGAAGUGGGAGAAACGACUUUGCGCAUUCGCACCGUGAGCCGAACGUCGAUACGUUUGGUAGAUGCCGAAGAAUCUUUUCUGGCGCUAAGCGAUUUCGGAGAGAUAUCAAACCAACGUGGCACAUCCCGACUCCGAUGGAUGCAGUGCGUGAAAGUGCGCAAAGACAUCCCAUUAAAUAUUUCUCAUAUUGCUCCCCGACGCGUGUCUCGUGGGCGACGCUUCGCCGAAUUCCCGGGUCUCACGAAUCAAGCCGCACAGGGCAGGUUCUGCGGACCACAUCCUUUGCCAGGUCUGAAUCAGAGCUUUAAGGACCGAACAAAGCCAGACGGCGAGAUGCUUGCAGGCUCGCUGCGCAGAUGGAGUCUGCUGCACGGAGUCACGUUGACGAAUCGCCUAAAGGCUGCUUUCGGUCGACGGCCCAUGAUUUCGCCGUAA